ACUGCGAGCGUCAGUCGCCAACCAACCGUCAAAGGGUAAAGAUUCGCUACCGCCUCUCCUGAGAAACUUCGCAAAACCUCAAUAAUUUCUUCAAAAUGGUGAACCUUGGCGACGUAUUCCCCAACUUCAAGGCCGAGAGUACCAUCGGGGAAAUCGAACUCCACACUUUCUUGGGAGACAAAUGGGGCAUCCUGUUCUCCCACCCAGCUGACUAUACUCCAGUCUGCACAACAGAGCUGGGAAGGGUAGCCAAGCUGGCUCCUGAAUUCACAAAGAGGAAUUUUAAGAUGCUGGCCAUUUCUUGUGACAAUGUGGAGGAUCAUCUUGGCUGGAUUAAGGAUAUCCAGGCUUACAACUCCCUCACAGGAGACUUCCCCUACCCCAUUAUAGCCGAUGAGAAACGUGAAUUGGCUGUCAAGCUUGGCAUGCUUGACCCAGAGGAGAAGGACGCUGCAGGUAUGCCCCUGACAGCCCGUGCUGUCUUCAUCAUUGGACCUGACAAGAAGCUCAAGCUCUCCAUUCUGUACCCUGCCACAACUGGACGUAACUUUAAUGAAGUCCUCCGUGUCAUCGAUUCCUUGCAACUCACAGCUGAAAAGAAGGUGGCAACCCCCGCUGACUGGCAGGCUGGCGGAAACUGCAUGGUCUUGCCUUCCAUCCCUUCUGCAGAAGCCAAACAAAUGUUCCCAGAUCACAAGGUUCAUGAGGUGCCCUCCGGCAAGCAAUAUCUGCGUACCACUCCUUGCCCCAAGUAAACUGUGGAUGGCCUUUUUCAUUUACUUAAAGAUUUAUUUGUAAUCUUUUUGUUAUAAAACCUCUUUAUGGCCUCUGUUUUGUUAAGAGUUCAGAAUUUUAAAUGGAGAAAAAAAAUUAUUUGCUUCCAGAUUUCAUUUUGCACAAAUGGCAUGAACAUACCUGUUUUGACUUUUUUUUUUUGGAUUCUAUACCUGGCUUCUUUCACUAGGGGUUAUUACUUUCACUCUAUUAUAGUAGUUUUUUCCAUACUUUUUGUAACCAUAGUGAAGAAAAGAAAACCCCAAGUGAAAAGGCUACAAAAGGAGUCCUUGUUUGUUAAUGGUAAAAGCAAGAUUUUUGACUUCUGAGGAUAAUUAGUUUAUUUUAUAGAUUAUAUUAGGAAAGACUUUUAUUAAAAUUACUUAAUUUGUCAAUCUAAAGUAUAAAUGUUACUUAAAAAUUUUCCAUACAAAAAAAGUAAAGUUGCAAUCAGUGCCUGUAUGGAAAAUCCAUUCCAUUUUGUUAUACAAGGAAAUAUAUUUUGUACUACAUUUCUUUAAAAUAAAGCACUCAAAGCAG